GUUUGGUUCCUGCACCAGGAAGUCUGUGAAAUGUGGAUCUCUGUGGAUGUCCUCUGUUGCACGGCAUCAAUCCUCCACCUGGUGGCUAUCGCAAUGGACCGGUACUGGGCUGUCACCAGUAUCGACUACAUACGUCGUCGAAGUGCGCGUCGCAUUCUUCUAAUGAUCAUGGUCGUCUGGAUUGUCGCCCUUUUUAUCUCCAUCCCACCGCUGUUCGGCUGGCGGGACCCCAACAAUAACGCUCACAUUACGGGGAAAUGUAUUAUUUCACAGGACAAAGGCUACACAAUAUUCUCCACCGUGGGCGCCUUCUAUCUCCCUAUGCUAGUAAUGAUGAUUAUAUACAUUCGGAUAUACCAGGUGGCCAGGUCUCGGAUACGCAAAGACAAGUUUCAACAUGCCAAGGCGAAAGCGAAAGCGAAACUAAAAACAGAGGAAACUACACUGGUGGCUUCUCCAAAAACUGAAUACAGUGAAGUCAGCGACUGCAACGGCUGCAACUCACCGGAGUCUACGGUAGAGACCAAAAAGCGCAGAGCUCCAUGUAAAAGCUACGGGUGCUCACCAAGACCCGAAAGAAAGAAAAACAGAAAUAGGAAAGCAUCCCCAGAACCUAAUGGUCUCGACUCGCCCAGCAAUGAAAGACUUAAGCAACAGAUAGAACCAGAUCCUUUCACGAAUGGUUGUAACGACGAGUCAAGUAUUGCCAUGUUGGAAACUCCAUGCAAUAACGGCAAGAAAAUCCGUAAAAAAGUAGAUCUCAGUCAACCUUAUUCUCGGAAUCGAGAGAAAAUGGAACUGAAACGAGAGCGCAAAGCGGCACGCACACUCGCCAUUAUUACUGGCGCCUUCCUUAUCUGCUGGUUACCGUUCUUCAUCAUUGCGGUCAUUGGUCCAUUUAUUGAUGAUGCAGAAAAGAUCCCACUCUUUGCUCGAAGUUUCGUAUUAUGGCUGGGCUACUUCAACAGUUUGCUGAACCCAAUCAUCUAUACAAUCUUCAGCCCCGAGUUCCGAAGUGCUUUCCAGAAAAUUCUUUUCGGCAAAUACAGAAGGGGUUAUCGAUGA